AUGACAGAGGAGAUGCAACAGGAGGCUAUCGAUAUCGCUGCUGCUGCUCUCGACAAAUAUAACAUCGAAAAAGACAUCGCAGCACAGAUCAAAAAAGACUUCGACAAUCGUUAUGGCCCGACCUGGCAUGUAGUUGUCGGCAAGAACUUCGGAAGCUAUGUCACGCAUGAAACAAAACACUUCAUCUACUUCUACGUUGGCUCGCUCGCUCUCCUAGUAUGGAAGUCCUAA